CGCGGGAUUUUCGUUAUAAAAUGAAACGUGUUCCCUCCUGAGCUAACGCCGCAGUUUUCCGCCAUGUUGCGCAGCAUGAGCGGAUUCCCCGCAGUCGGUGGGUUCAUGGAGGGAAGCUCAGUUUAGCCUCCGUGUGUCCGGCGGCUGGUCGAGCCUCAGGACGCAGAAAACGUUUGAAACGGCGCCGGUCCGGCCUCCAUUAAAAAUCCGUCCGGUUUAGAGAGAAAGCGCAGUCAUGAUGCAUCCUUCCUCUGCGUUCCCCGCAGUCAGUGCGGGCCCUGCCUCACAUCAGCGCACAUUACACACAGCAGCAGCUCUGAGAGUUCAUGUGGGUUCAUUGGCAAAAGCGACCCAGCAGGUUCACCUGCGUCCUGCUGCGGCCCCACAGAUGGAGAACUACCGCAAAGCUCGGACCGUGGAGCAGCCCUGCGUCUGCCCCUUCGCCAACCUCACCGCCGACACGCCGGAGAUCCGCGUCAAAGACGGCAGCAAGAUCCGAAACCUGCUGCGCUAUGCUCUGAGCCGCAUGGAGGCCAAAACACAAGCGGGUGAGGAGGAGGGACAACCCCCACCUGAGGAAGGUGGCACUCAAGGACCACUGGAGGCCCCGGGCCGGCCUCUCUGCAGACAGAUCAUCUUCACCGCGAGCGGUAAAGGUGUCUCCAAAGCCAUCACAUGUGCAGAGAUCAUGAAGAGGCGUGUGAAGGGGCUCCACCAGCUCACUAAGCUGCUGUAUAGCACCGUGGAGGAGGUGUGGGAGCCGCUGGAGCCUGCUGCCGGCCUCGACAGCCUCACUGUCAGCAGGAAUCUGCCUGCCAUCUGGAUCCUCCUCUCCAGAGAGGCACUGGACUCGAACCAGUCAGGAUACCAGGCGCCGGGUCGCUAUGACACCCUGUGGGCUCAGGGUGCCAUCAGGGAGGAGGGCGGAGGGUUCACCGGGCAGCGACCGGGACACAGGAGGAAGAGAGGAGGAGGAGGAGGUGGAGGCAGAGGGAAAGGAGCCGGCCGUCAGAGCGGGUGGUCGAGAGAGGCGGCCAAAGGACAGAGUUGAUGCAUGGAUAACUGUGAAAGCGCUGCCCUCUGAGCUUGGAGACUGUGGCCUGUUAAACUGAAGUCUGCUGAGACGCAGCUCCAGCACCGUGUGACCUUCAGCAUGAAGCUCAGUUGGAAACAGAAGCGUUUGCUCUCUGAGAGCCGUGCUGAAAUCUCAGCGAGAGAUUUAAAAACUGCAGGUUUGCUCAAAGCCUUCUGAACACGUCUGAGAACAUGACGAUAAACUGGAGAUCCGACAAGUUUAAGUUUUAAAUGUUUCCCUGAGAGUUUUAUUUCUUUCUCCAGUUAAUCAGAAAGCAGGAGGCGAGUGUUUUUCAGAGGAAACUUGAUUGUAAAAUGAGUAAAACUGAAGAAACAUCAAGUCUUUAAUAAAAGACUUAUCUGUCAAAAAUGUCUCUGUGGAUAAUAAAUGUAACAUUUUUGUGGA